AUGUGUGACUUCACUGAUAAAGUAUGGAACAGUUUACUCUCAGUAUCUUUUAGCAAUGAAAAACAAAUUUCCUUCUGGAGAACCACUUUCCUGAAUGAUUUUGAAGGAAAACUGAAAAAGGAAUGCCCUGUGGAUCAAAUUGAAAUAUACUGUAAGAUAAUGGAGGAACUGAGCAAGAAGAGUCCAUUAUUAUGCACAGCAAUGGAGAAGUGUGCAGUGGAUGCAGUUGAAAGCAUUUGCCAGGAUAAAUCUAGUGAAGCGGUAAAGACUCUAUUUGCAAGACAUGAUAUCACAAAGUCUGGGAGUCUGAUGUCUGCUGUUGUGCUGAGGUCAUGGCCCAAAGAUGGCACUGGAGACUACAUUAAAAGUGAUGACUUGAUAUUUGAGCACCUUAUAAACUGGCCUUUGACCAAAACCUUCUUCCAGAUGCGAGGGAGAGGGCUGAUUGAUCAAUUGUCAGAUAAAGCACAAAUCAGGAUGACUUCAGGAACUUCAGCAUUCAGAUCUGUAACAGACAAGCUCCUCUGUGGAGAAAUACAGAUCAAAACAUUGACACAAAUUUUUGAGAGAAAAUGUGAAUUUCUUAAUUUGCUAAAAACUGAUGGUCUGUGUGGUGAUGGACGUUGUAAAGAUGACAGAAAUGUUACAAAAUUGCUGAAUCAAAGAAAAACUGAACUAAAGGCUGUGAACCAUGAGAAAGAGCUGGUUAAGGGUCUUCUAGAAAUCUGCCAGGAACUUUCAGAACAUGUCAAAGUUGACUUCAGUGGGUUGGAUAAAAAGUUUGAGCAGAACAUUGAGACCAUGAAUCUGAAUGAAUUUAUGAAGGUUUAUACUCUUGAUGGACUGACCUCUCCUACAACUGUAAAUGUCACUUAUUUCAACUUGUGUGGCUCACCCCGCCAAAUGGCUUCAGAACUGCAUGCCAUUAAAGAUAGCAUGAUCUUCAAAAAGUGCUGGACCAACCAAGUGUUGGCAGUAUCAAAAGACCAACCAGAUACAGAUAACACUGAACACUGUGAUAGAAAUGAAGUCUAUAGUCUUGAGCAGGUCUAUGAUAAAAUAUUCCAGACCUGCUACACCAACUACAAAAGGCUUCAUAAAAAUCUUAAGAGUGGAGAACUUCUUCUUGAGGAACUAGACAGCUUCUUUGACGUCUAUAAAGGAAGGUAUGAAAACUUGAAAAAAGACUUAGACAUGUGCAGAGUAGACCCAUCGGAUGACAGAAAAUGGAUCACAGGAAGGAUUAAACAAAUUCAGCAGUACCAAGAUGUUCAUCUGGCAAUGGAAUCUUCCAAAAUCAUCAUGGAUUUAAAAAACAUGCUGUGUCCAGAAGGAGAUUUCAGUAUACUGGACACAUUGGUUCAAAUGAAUGAAUGCAAGUUUAAGAAAAACAAACUGAACUGCUUAAGUAACAAACUCAUACAUGCAAAAGAUAUCCUGAAAGACCUUACAGAUGAUCGCAAGAAAUGUCUUCAAGUACUCAGCCAGAGUAAAGAGUUUGUUGAGUGGGCUAAAAAUGAACUUGAAGAUAUCAAUGAGCUAAAAGUUUUUGUUGACUUGGCAUCAAUCUCUGCUGGAGAAAAUGACAUGGAUGUCGAUCGAGUGGCCUGUUUUCAUGAUGCUGUGCUUGGUUACUCAUCCAUGCUUUAUGAACUCAAGAGGGACUCUGAUUUCAAUAAGUUCAAAGAUUCAUCGUCAAAGCUGUGGAAGGCACUCGAUAAUGACAGAGAGCUACCCAAGAAGCUGUGUGAUACUGCACGUCAUCUGGAAUGGUUGAAGACUGUUAAAGAAAGCCAUGGAUCCGUGGAAUUUUCUUCGCUGUCUCUGGCUAAAUCUAUCAACGAGAGGGGUGUCUAUAUCAUCAAGGCUCAAAACCAGAAAAAGGUUGAUUUAGAGAAUUCUCUGACACUACAAAUUAAAGGUGGACGUGACGAAUAUGUGACAUAUACUUUCGAGGACCUGAUAGAGCUACAAAAUAAGCUUAUGCUUAUGUCUGGAAAAAAACAACAAAAUCAGAGUGAAGUGGAGCGCUUCACUGAGGUGUUUGAGAACAUCCAAAGACUUGCCAAAGCAUUUGUAGACCUUUACGCUGCAGGGAACCCACUUUUCAGAUGUUGGGAAAUUAAGAUUUUUACAACUCACAGUAACCCAUAUAUCACUAUGGAAAUCAAGUUUUGCAAGACCUUGUGUGGCUUCCAAGUAAAUGGAAGUUUAGUUGAACAACUUACAUCGUUAUCCAAAAACAUGGAGACAUUUCUUCAUGACUGGCGAACCUUCAUGGACAGUCAAAGAAACGAUAACUACUAUUUAAACUAUUUCACAGCAGAACAAAUAUUCUACUUGUGCAGUGUUGUGACUCCAGCAAACAUGAAUGCAGAAAUUGAUGACAAAGCACUGAUGAUGCUUUCUUUUAUCAAACCAAACUGCACAACAUCAGAUGUCUGGGGUACAUGGAAAAGGUUUCUUAACCACUAUAAGCCUGGCAAAAAGGACAGUGAACACAGUGAGCCAUCGUCACCCAGUGUUAGUCAUUUUGCAUACGACAGUGACUCACCAGAUGAGGCAGACAAACCUGUUGGUUUGAAAGAAUUGGAGAAGUUGUGGAAUGGCUACAUGAAGAACAACGAAAUAUUUUUCCAUGACUUACUAGACAUUAAGAGUUUAGGAGGUCUCUUGCAGAUGAUGACAGAAAACCCAAAUCAGAAUGAGUUGGAAGACGAACCGGUACUCUCAGAGACGAAAGAUCAUUCACUCAGAAGGGAGUUUCCAAAAGGCCUAAAGUCAAAACAACCUAAUCUCAUAAUCUGCCAACAUGAUGAGAUCCUGACUUCAAGUAUCUGCUUGUACAUGACCAGUGACUUUGAGCCAUUACCAACUUAUGAUGAAGUGCUCUUGUGUACCCCUUCAACAUCUUAUGAACAAGUAGAGCUUUUCCUGAGAAGAUGCCUCACAUCAGGUGACACUGGCCAGAAGAUUUACACAAUGCUGUGGGCAGACCAGCUUUCCUAUGAUGUUAGCUGUGCAAUGGAAAAGUGUUUUCACAAGCUGCAUUCCCUGGAAACGGAUUACAGGCUAGUGAUCUUUUGCAGCUCUGAUAGAGAGCACACUUACAUUCCUAAUGCAUUCAGUCAAUACAAAACAGACUUUGUGCCACAAGAGCCACUGAAAAGGAUUCAACAGUAUUUAUCCCAGCAUUACAUCGUUACCUCAGAUUACAAGAAUGCUAUGUUCAAAGGUGGCCAUUAUAUGGGUAUUGUUGCUUCCAGUCGGGCAGGAGUAGGCAAAUCCUUGUAUGUCCAAAGAUUGUAUGAAAAACUAGACAAAUGCGUUGAGCAAGGAAGUGCAUUUAAGAAGUGUAUCAGACUAACUGAACAUGAAGUUGAUGACCACAAGAUUCUCCAGUUUUUGUAUGACACACCAAAACAAAAAGAUAUUAUGGUGUUUCACUUUGAUGUCACAUCCUCUGUGCAAAAGGGAUUGAAUGAAUUUAUAUUCAAGCUUCUCUUUUUGCGGUCCCUGAUGGAUUCAGAUGGACAGAUGUGGCUCUGCAGACAGAACCACUUGUAUAUCAUUGAAUUACUAGAGUCCACAAAUGAUCAAAUCACCAGUUUGGUAAGUGAACGAAAAGAAAACUUUGCAUUCACAGAUAUUUUCCCAAAGGUGAUUUGCCAUUCACCAAAAGAGGUUAUGGCUUUGGAAAUGCAAAAAGAACAAAAUCCAAACAUGGACUGCGAUGACCCCCUAAUGGAUGAUGAAUGUUUCAGGAGUGAAGCUUAUCAAAGACCAUACCAGUACCUCACACAUUUUCACAACCGUAGCAAUCUUGACAACUUCACUUACCGAGGCAUUGAAGGGACUCAUGCAAAGUGUCUUCAGAUACUCUUAAUCUAUUGUGGUAUAAUCGAUCCAUCAUGGGCAGAGCUGCGUAACUUUGUCUGGUUUCUUAAUCUUCAGUUGAAAGACUGUGAGAAUUCAGAUUUCUGCAAAUUUGAGUUGGUUGGAGACACUCUUUGUGGGUUCAAAAACUUUGUGGUUGAGUUCAUGAUCUUGAUGUCCAAAGACUUUGCAACACCAUCACUAUGCAUCACUGACCAGAGCCCAGGGAGGCAACACGUUGACAUCAGUGGACUAAAAGAAAAAGACUUAGCUCCAUUCCUCAUUAGAAAAAAGUGGGAAUCAGAGCCACAUCCAUACAUCUUUUUUAAUGACGACCACAUGUCCAUGACAUUCAUUGGAUUUCACCUUAGGCCCAAUAACCAGAAAGGGUUUGAUGCAGUAAAUCCUUUGACAGAAGAAGUGAUAAAGAAAAACAUCAUGACUCGACAGCUGUACAAUGGCUUAAAACUUCAGAGAGUUCCUUUCAAUGCAGACUUUGAUCAGCUUCCAAGAGCUGACAAGAUUGAGCAUCUGUGCAGUGUGCUUGGCAUCAAGUGGCCAACAGAUCCUGAUGAAACAUAUGAACUGACCACCGACAAUAUCCUCAAAAUGAUGGCAAUUCAUAUGAGAUUCAGGUGUGGCAUUCCUGUCAUCAUAAUGGGGGAGACAGGAUCUGGCAAAACAAGGCUCAUAAAAUUUAUGUGUGAACUAAGAAGAUGUGGAGCACCAGCAGAAAACAUGAAACUGGUCAAGGUUCAUGGAGGAACUACAUCAGAAAUGAUUUAUGAGAAAGUGAAGGAAGCUGAAACUCUUGCAAGGACCAAUAAAGAGAAUCAUGAUCUUGACUCAGUACUUUUCUUUGAUGAGGCAAACACCACAGAAGCCAUCAGUAGCAUCAAGGAGGUCCUUUGUGAUAAUUCAGUGCGGGGACAAGAGCUUGGCUCUAAUACAGGCUUACAGGUCAUUGCAGCCUGCAACCCUUACAGAAAACAUACAGACAAAAUGAUUGACCGUCUGGAAGCUUCAGGACUGGGCUACCGGGUUCGGGCUGAGGAGACUGAAGACAGACUUGGCUCCAUCCCUCUCCGCCAGCUUGUGUAUCGUGUUCAUGUGUUACCACCCAGUAUGAUAUCUCUUGUUUGGGAUUUUGGACAACUCAAUGACACAACAGAGCAAAUGUACGUCAAACAAAUAGUGCAAAGACAGGUGAAGGCCAGUUCAGCUGAGAAUGCCAAUAUCACAACAAUAAUUAAAGUGUUACUAUCAUCACAAAAGUUCAUGAGGGAGAGGAAAAAUGAAUGCAGUUUUGUCAGCUUGAGAGAUGUUGAGCGUUGCAUGCAAGUAUUUAUGUGGUUCCACAAAAAUUACAAAGAUUUUUCUAAACAUCUGGAAGACUUCUUUCAGCAACAAUCACAGAGUGGAAAAAGCAACCCACAAUCUUUACCUGCUAGUGACAGAGUAAUUUGGUCACUCUUGAUGGCUACUGGAGUGUGCUAUCAGUCCUGUUUGGAGAGCAAAAAAAAAUAUCUGAAAACUAUCAGUCAAAUUCUACCUGAUGAGUAUACACCGCAAAGAAUACGGCAAGAAAUUCAACUCAUGCAGGACCUCCUGCUCAAUGGUGUACCCAUGGCUGAGACAAUAGCCAGAAAUGAGGCUUUAAAAGAAAACUUUUUCAUGAUGGUGGUCUGCAUUGAGCUGAGAAUUCCCCUGUUUAUUGUUGGGAAACCAGGAAGCUCCAAAUCACUAUCUAAAACUCUAGUUGCAGAUGCAAUGCAAGGUCCUACAUCACAUUCUGACCUCUACAAGAAGAUGAAGCAAAUACAUCUGGUGUCUUUCCAGUGUAGCCCCCAUUCAACUCCAGAAGGAAUCAUCAACACAUUCAAGCAAUGUGCCCGCUUUCAAGAAAGCAAAAACCUGGAUGAAUAUAUCUCAGUAGUUGUUCUUGAUGAGAUUGGAUUGGCUGAGGAUUCCCCGAAAAUGCCACUGAAAGCACUGCACCCAUUACUGGAAGAGGGUUGUGUUGAUGAUGAGCCAAAACCUCAUAAAAGGGUUGGGUUCAUUGGAAUUUCCAACUGGGCACUGGACCCUGCCAAGAUGAAUCGUGGAAUUUUCGUGUCCCGUGGAGAUUUAAAUAAGCAAGAGCUCAUCAAAAGUGCCAGUGGAAUCUGCUCCUCUGAUCAACAUGUUCUUGAAAAGAUCAAACACCUGUUCCAACCUUUUGCAAAAGCAUACAUGACAGUAUGCGAUAAAAGCAAAGGAUUUUUUGGUCUGCGAGACUUCUACAGUCUGAUAAAAAUGUUAUUUUCAAUUACCAAAACGUCUAAUAAGCGUCCUACUGCAGAUCAGAUCACCGGAGCAGUCCUGCGAAACUUCAGCGGAAAAGAUGAUGUUGAUGUAAUUGACAUAUUCAGCAAAGAACUCAGAGAUGACUUUUCCAAUGCCAGAAUCCCAACUAUUGAUUUGGUUAAGCAAAGCAUCUCUCCAGCUUCUCAAAUGGAGGAAAGUCGUUACCUUUUACUCCUCACAAAGAACUUUGCUGCUCUUCAGAUUCUACAGGAGAAAUUUUUCUGUCAUCAAAUCCGCCCAGAGAUAAUCUUUGGGUCGAGUUUCCCAAAGGAUCAGGAAUACACACAGAUUUGCAGGAACAUAAAUCGUGUCAAGGUGUGCAUGGAGACAGGACAGACAGUUGUGCUUCUCAACCUUCAAAAUUUGUAUGAAAGUCUGUACGAUGCUCUAAAUCAGUACUAUGUGACCCUCGGAGGUCAAAAGUAUGUUGAUCUUGGAUUAGGAACACAUCGUGUGAAAUGCAGAGUUCACCAAAACUUUAGGCUCAUCAUCAUUGAAGAAAAGGAAGUGGUUUAUGAGCAGUUUCCAAUACCACUGAUUAACAGGUUGGAGAAACACUACCUUGACAUCAACACUGUCCUCACAGAGGAGCAGAAGGUCAUUGCCAGACAACUGGAGGAAUGGGUUAAUGAUUUUGUCUCCUUAAGUAGUUACUCCUCAGAAAAGAAGUAUGAUCCAAGUGAUGUGUUCAUCGGCUUCCACUCAGACACUUGUUCCUCUGUGAUCAUGCAAGUAACAGAGCGUGAGAGUACUGAAACGGAUGCUCAGGCCAUUUUGAAGAAAGCCAAAGGCAUUCUGCUCAACUGUGCCACUCUGGACUCAGUGGUUCGUUUGGAAAAAUCCAAACUUCCUGAUGAGGAACGAGAGUGUUUAUUGCAGGAAUAUGUUAAAGAUGCAAUGCACAGUUCACUGGGAGACUACAUUGUAUAUCACACCCAGCAGCCCCAACAGUCACACUUCUUAUUUACUGAGGUUACAACCUUUUCCAGGUUACUCACUGGCGCAGACACACAAGAGCUACAGAGUCUGAUAAACCUUGAUGCUGUUCAGCUGCUAUUCCUGCAGCAGUUUGACACUGAGAACUCAUUCCUCAAAAAAAUCAGGGAUUUUCUGGGCUCAACACAUAAAGACAAAGUGCUCAUUAUCCAAGCAGAGUAUGAUGAAGGAUUUCACAAAAGAAACAUUAUUUCCUUAGCCAAGUAUGUGUGCUUCAAUGAAAUAAACAAGAGUGACACUACUGAUGACACAAAGACAUUUGUGUACUUUGUCAUCAAACUACCUCGCAUGGAGGGUGGUACCUCCUAUGUUGGGUUUCAAGGCGGUCAUUGGAGGUCUGUUCACAUUGAUGAUCUCAGAAGAUCAAAAGAGUUUGUUUCAGAUGUUCUUUCCUUGAAAAAUCAGUGCAUCAGUGAUCUUUUUAAAGCUCCACCUAAGGUGUGUAUGUGUACUGGUGCUAUUUACUCUUUUCAGGCAUUGGAAUGUUUGUUUGACACAACAAAUUUGGUGAGAAGUUGUGUUCAGAGUGCAGUGAGCAUGCUGAGAGAUGAAGCAAACAGUGGUGAAUUCAGCACUAAGAGAGUUGAGAAUCUGCUCACUCUUCUGGAUGGAAACUAUACCCAAGGAUUAUUUGCAAAAAUUGUGAGGAAGCGACUUCACUCACUGUUAAAGGAUUAUGAGGCCAACAUGCACAAUCCAAAAAGCUGGGUCCUAAACGAGGCAUCUAAUGACAGUGCUCUUCAAGAAGGAGGGACGUUCCUACACACACUCUGGAGGAAAAUCCAAACGGUUGUCACCCCACUUCUAGCCUACUUGGUCUCAAUCAUUGACCGAGAUUGCAAUAUGGACCUUCUCCGGGAAGAUGAAGAACACAUUGGGAUCCUGUGGCUUGAGAUUUUUGGAAACAAAGAGAUGCUCAGUUUGCCUUAUGUCAGGGUGGAAAACAAAGUAUUAAUGGUACAAAGCCAUGUCACAGGUGGCCAUACCAUGUUCUGCCGCCUGCCCUUCAGUUGGUGGAUCAAAGAGUUCCUAGAUGGGCUCAUGAUGCAAACAUCCAGACAUCAAACUUCUUCACCUAGCCGUUUCUAUGAUUUGUUCUUGAAAACUCCACUUGGCACUUACAUGGCAGGAAAGGAAAUAAAUGAAAAAAUGAAGAGAAGAUUUUUCAAAAGGUAUCUACAGGAUUUUGUUUCGAUGAUCAUGAAAGUGGCAUCAGAUGAAGAAUUACAGCUCCUCUGUCAGGCAAUGGCCAGUUGUGCUGAUGAAGUACGGAAACGAAAACAAGAUGAUGAGCUUUCUCUCCCACUCAUCCACAUUGCCUAUCAUUUUUACCAAAACCGUCUUCAGAACCUCUCACGGAUGAUUUCUCUUCAUCCUGAAGUUAUUUCCCCUUUGCGAACAAACACGGUCAUUAGCAGUUGUCCUGCAAUGGUUUUGGAUGUCUAUGCAGCCAGGGCAUGUGUUGAAAGCCUGGAACCUUCUAACUUAGAGAAUGAUACUGUCUGCCAGCGCUGGCUGAGGAAGGUGAAGAAGGUGCAGGCUUCUUUGGAGUUGAUUUGCUUCCAAAGCAGUAGCAAACAAUACAGUGAGCACUGCCGGAAAGUACUCCAUGAUGUCAGUAAUGGCUGGAAGCGCAUCUACAUCCUUUCUUUUUUUGUUGAACACAUGCUACUGGGUUUCCAAAAUGAAGAUGGUCAGAUCAGGACACAUGUCCUUAACACCAUUAAAACUCUUAGCAAUGUUCUGCAGGAAAACUCAGAUGUAAAAUCUAUGAAGGGUUUUGAAGCUGUAGUUAAAGUCCUGAAGUCCUGUAAACAGGAGGCAACUACUCAGCUUUUCAGGUUUGGCCUUGAGUGUGGGGUGUGCAUGAGAGAGCCUCAGGAAACAGUGGGACUGCCAUGCAAUCACAUCUAUUGCUUAACAUGUAUUAAGAACAGCCUUGAUGCAGGACAGACAUCAUGUCCAAGGUGCCGCCAACAAUUACCAGAUGAUUUCCAACCUGAAGACAUAAGCGCAUCUGUGAAGAAAAAUGCAGAAUUCAGGCAAUGCUGCAAUGGUUUCUUUGUUGAUCUGCUCUCUGCUGUGUGCUUCGAGGAUAAUACACCUCCAGUUGAAGGUGUCAUCACCCACCUGUUGUCCUAUCUAAUGAUUGAGACAGAACACAAACAGAUUUACACCAAAGUUUUAUCACCAUUUGAAGAGUCCCCAGAUAAAAACCCAGUUGUGAGAUCAGUAAUCCUCAAACUGCUACUGAAGUUCAGCUUUGAUGAGGUUCAGAAAUAUCUGCAGCAACAUUUUUCAUCUGUUGAAGAAAGCAGAUUUGUGGAUGAUGGGGACAGAGCAGAGCUCUAUGCUUUAUACAUCAACUGCUUGGAGGACUCCAUCUGGGAGAAAAUGCCGCUGGAGGGCAACAAAGCUGCAGAGUUACAAUGUUUUACUAAUGAAACACAGUUCCUGCGCUUGUUUUUGGAAGAAGACACUUCUGCUCCAGCAGCAGUCUGUAUUCAACACCUGCAACAUAUUGCCCGACUGCGUGUGACGCUCACCAUGGCUGCACAGCUCAUCAGUGACAGACUGCCUGGCAACAAUGUCCCAGACGAAGCAGAAGAUUUUCUAAACAUGGUGAUAAAGCUCUGUGAGGACAGUGGAAAUGACUGGUAUCGUGUUUACCUCAUCCGCAAGCUCAGCGAAUCACAGGGUGUGGAGUACGUCCAGACAAUGAUGAAAAAAACAGAGUUCUUCUGGAUUUUCCCUGAAGAGAUACAUCAGCAGAAUGAAGAUGGAGGCCUGAUGGACCAGUAUCUUGUGUAUGGAGAGGAGUACAAGUCCGUGCGAGAAGCAGUUGCCAAGGCAGUAGUGGACGGUGAUGUCGAGCAGAUAGAAGACGCCUGUGAGAGAUGCACGGCAUCACCAAAGAAUCGGACAGUGUUCCUCCUGCUGGCUCUUUUCCGAGAGGUUACAACUCUGUACAGAUCUGAAAACAGGGGUUUUCAUCCUUCUCCUGAGCAAUGUCUUGAAUUUGAUGACCUCAUCGAGGGCUCAACGUAUCUGCAUCAAGCAGAAGUAAGACGAUUUGCCUCAGCCUUGGUUUACAACAGGUUGGGAGCGCUCACCGUCCAGCCUGGUAGUGCUAUCAUGGAGAACACCAUCACUGAGCUGAUCAUUCAUCUGGCAGCUGUGCUGCUCACUGGGAAUCAUCACCUGCUGAUGUCACUCAAGCAUCUUGGUCUGUCUCCUGAAAAUAUGCAGAGGGCUUUUAUACCCACAAUGCCUGAUGACAUUUUAGCUGUUGCCCAGGCAGCCAUGAAUUAUGAAGGCCAGCUCACUUGGUAUGUCUGUCCAAAUAAUCAUCCAUGCUGCGUUGAUAUGUGCGGCAUGCCCAUAGAGAGAGGCCGAUGUCUGGAGUGUGGUGAAGAAGUUGGAGGAGAACAUUACACAGUCGUGCCUGGAUUCACAAAAGUUCAGUUGCAUGAGGAUCAAACACGUCCCGGUCACAUUCUGGGAGACCCGGAACGGAGAAACAACCCAGAUGCUUUAGACACCAAACACAUGUCUCUGACUCCCUUCACUCUGGUCAGGUUGGUUACACAUUUGGCCAUGAUGCUGGGAGCCUCAGAGAAACCUGAGGUUGUCCAACAGAUAAUCCAGCCACCUGUGGAGGAUGUCAGUUUGUUUCUCAGGUUGCACAUAACAAAGGAUCUUGAGCAUCUGUCCCAGGCACUGGGAAAAGGAGCUGAUGACAACGUAACAUCUGUUCACUUGGUGCUUAAAUCACUGCAGGAGCUACCACGGGCCAGUUCCAGUAAGUAUCCAAUCUUUGCUACUAUCGACCCUUACCUUACAACCAAAGAAUCCAGAAACACCUGGGAGACUACUGUGGCUACAGAUAUCAUGACACCAAAGUUGACGGAUCUUGACCAACUCCUACAAGAGGCAAAGGGAACCAUUAGAAAUGACUCCCGUGUAUCUUCCAAGUUCAUCAUAAGGACGAUCCACGGUGAUGACUUUAGCUUCCUCACCUCACUGCAACAGGGCUCUGAGGUUGACAGCUCAGCAGUGUGGAGCUGCAGGGAGAGGCUGUCGUUGCUCAGCCUCACACACAUUAUGGAGACUAAUGAUCAAAAGGAGGAGCUCCCCCUGCUCUGGAGGUUCCUGCAGAAGGAGAGAGAAUUUCGGCUUAUUAAAUUCCUCCCAGAAAUCCUAAACCUGCAGAAACGUUUGGUGAGAAAGUACCAAAAUGCAACUGAAGAUAUCGUGGGAUCCAUCAGAGAAUUCAUUGAUCAGCAAACAGAAAUGAGACAGCGGUAUCAAAAACACAUUGAGACCUUCCUGAAAACAUGGAAUCAGCUAAGAGUUUCUGUCACCAGCAAUGAAAUAAAAAUUCCAGAAGAAUUUUGCAGCAGGGAUUUGGACCUGGACAGUGACCUGCAGUACCUCCUGCCCCGUCGGCAGGGUCCAGGCCUGUGUGCCACAGGGCUGGUCAGCUAUCUGGUGACUCUCCACAAUGAGUUGGUGAAUGCAGUGGACCGUCACACAGGAGAGGACAGCAGUGACUACACGGUGAGUCUGACAGAACUAAUGGAGCAGCAUGUGAUCAGCUAUGAUGUGGAGAAGGAUCUGCUUCCUCUGGUUUUGUCUAACUGCCAGUACAGCUUGGAACGUGGCCACGAGACAAUAUCUGAGUAUGACCUGCCCAGGAUCCAACAGCAGAUCCUCACCCGCUUUCUGCAGGGAAAACCUCUCAUUACCCGCGCAGGAAUUCCCACGCUGGUCAAUAUGCAAGAGAGAGACUAUGAGACCAUUUUCAAAACUGUUCAUGGAAAAGUGCCACAGAGGGCUCUGUCCCGUUUGAUCUGGAACUCUGUGUCGAGACAGCUGGACUCCUACAGUGAGGUGUGUGAAGCACUGAAGAUUGUGGAGCUGCUUCUGGGUUAUCUCUCAAUGACUGGUGGUGAUCCCAAAAUGAAACUGGUCACUUACCUUCAGGAAAUACUAAAGAUGGACCAAAACAUUAAUCAGCACAUACUGAAGGCUUUUGGCAAAUGUGACCUCAGACACUGUGUUUGUCUGUGGCAAGUCCUGUCCUCUCUCAGAUCUGAAAAAAUGCUGCAACUGAAAAGGGAACCCUUUUCGGGGUAUCCAGCCGAGUACCAGGUGCCACUGACUGAGGAAAACAAGACUGAGCUGAAAGGAUUCAUGUCCAGAGGAAAUGUGGACCAGUGGCUGCUUGAGAUGCACGAGUUCCUCUUGUUGUGUCUGGGCCGCCUAAGGGCAACUGAGGACUACAAUCCAUUAUGGAGUCUGAAGGAGGCGGUCAGUGCCUACAUGGAUCGUAAAGAAGUAGAAGUCCCUCCUUGCGUGGAGGAAAACUUCUCUGAAAAUGUGCAGCUGUCUCAGAUAAUUGAGACCUGGAAAUACACCAUCACAGCCAAACAGGAGUUGAUGAAUGAGUGA